AUGUAACAGAUCUCAGAGAGGUAAGUUUGUUUACGUCUUUCUAAACAAACACUUCUGAAGCAAAUAUCCGCUACAUGACGCGCAAAGAACCGACAUGAUGCAGUUCGUUCGCCGCGAGCAGGUUUCCAAGUUCACUUGGAAGAAAGCAAAGGGGCGGAGAGGGGAUUGAGCGCAGCUGCAUUCCUGACAGAGAGAGGGGUCGCAAGGCGCUUUAUGACAAAAAUCCGCUGUCACUCUCGCAGUUCUGCUCUUGUGCGCGUACUGAGCAGCGAAAGUCUUCACGCGCUUGUUGAGGCAGUGCUGCUUCCUUCCAAGUUUAGGACGCACCGAAACAUCCGGAGUUUGCUCGUUGCUUUUGCUGGGAGUAGUCAAGCUGUCUAACGUUACCCAGGAGCAAGCUCCGCGGCGAACAUGUACAAAUAUGUACAGUAUGGAUUUUAGGAGGACGAAGCUCGGAAGGUUUAUGAACAACCGAGUCCCAUCUAGCAAGAGAUACCAGCCAACUGAGUAUGAGCAUGCAGCCAACUGUGCCACUCAUGGAUUCUGGAUCAUUCCCAGUAUCCUGGGCAGCUCAGUGUUGUACUUCCUCUCUGAUGACCAGUGGGAGACCAUCUCUGCAUGGAUGUAUGGGACAGGUCUGUCUGGGCUGUUCAUCAUGUCCACCAUGUUCCAUACGGUGUCCUGGAAGAAAAGUCAUCUCAGGAAGGUGGAGCAGCGAUUCCACAUGUGCGACAGGAUGGUGAUAUAUUUCUUUAUAGCUGCAUCUUAUGCACCCUGGCUGAACCUGAGGGAACUAGGACCCUGGGCUGUGCACAUGCGCUGGUUGGUGUGGAUCAUGGCUUGCAUUGGCUCUGCCUAUGUCUUCUUCUUUCAUGAGAAGAACAAGAUAUUAGACUUACUGUGCUACACCGCCAUGGGAGCUGUUCCUGCAGUUGUUCUUCUGUCAAUGCCUAACAGAGAGGGCAUAUUAGAGCUGUCAGUGGGCGGAGUCUUCUACUGCCUGGGAAUUGUCUUCUUCAAGAGUGAUGGCCUCAUCCCAUUCGCUCAUGCCAUCUGGCAUGUCUUUGUGGCAGUGGGGGCAGGCAUACACUAUUACGCCAUCUGGAGGUACUUGUAUGCAACGGGGACCGGCCAAAUCAAAAUAUCCAGGUGACAGAUGAAGAUCUCAAGCGUGUUCACACAUACAGGGUUUGUUGAGCUAUAAAAGACAAUGUAUUUGAUCAUGAGCUGCCUUUGCGUCCCUCUAUAUUAAUCAUAGACGGGCAUGUUUUAGUACUGUUGGUCUAAAAUGUAUUUUUAUAUAGAAGGAUUUCUGUCCUGAUAACUCAGCACCUUCUGGCCAGUCGAUUUUUGCAGAUAUAGUUGACAAUGUACUGUUUCACCCGUCAGUGUUUACAGAAUAUAUGAAUAACAUUCCACAUCCUUUAACUUUAACUCCCAUAAUCAGACUGUGCUUUUGAAAGUAAUUUAUUGACAUUGAGCAGAAUAAUUAUUUCCAGGUACAGUAUUUCUACUACUGUGAUCUUUUAGUAAUAUAUAUGUACACAAAUGUUAGAAAUGACUUUGUAGUUGUUGCACAAUGGAUCAUGAUGAAUCAUUUCUAUGAGAUUGAGAUAAUGUUUAGGUGGAAAGCUAGAGGGGAUGACAUGGUUUACACUACCGGUCAAAUGUUUUUAAGAAGUCUCUUACGCAGUAAAAACUGUAUUAUUAUGAAGUAUUAUUACAAUUUUAUUCCUGUGAUGGCACAGCAUCAUUACUCCAGUCUUCAGUGUCACGUGAUCCUUCAGAAACUAUUCUAAUAUACAGAUUUGCUGCUCAAUUAAAAUUGGUGCUCAGUUAAUAAUAUUGGUUAUUAUUAUUAUCAAUGUUUUAGCAAUUUCUUUUCUUUCUUUCCCUCUUUUUUAUUUUAUAUAUAUUAAAUAUAUUGUUUAUCUUACCCCAAACUUUCGACUGGUAGUAUCAGUUUUCACAAAAAUAUUAAACAGCACAACUGUCAAUAUUGAUCAUAAUAAUGUUUCUUGAGCACCAGUUCAAGUGCCAUUUUAUUUGUUAUUGUGAAUGAGCCGUGCGCAUGGAAACUAGCCUUGAUGAAUUACUAAAACACAAUAAGACUUAUCUCAAGGUCUACUGAAAAUAUAAACCUUGAUGAAAUUCUUGCAACUUAAAUGUCUGUUUUACCUAUUGACAAAUUUAGCCAGGAAGCUCAGAUAUGAAAGAGCAUGUUUUAAAGCACUGUGACUUUGAAUGUAUAACAGGUUUUUUACUCAUUUUGUCAUAAUGUCACAUUUAUAUGACAGUAAGCAUUUGUAUUGUGUCAAAUUUCAUUUCUAUGGUGAAUUCUUUUAUACCAGAAUAGUUUCAUAGACUUUUAAUCAGAAGGACAACUCGAUCUAAACUGUAUUUUAACAGAUUUGACAGUAAUCAUAAAUGCAGCCUGGCAAUAAACAAAUAGAAUGUUUCAUUUAUAGAAAUGUGUCUCUAACAAACAUUUCAAUAAAUCAAGGAAUAAAUCAUAA